AUGCCAAAUAUGAAUGGAUUGGAGUUAUUGAGUGCUCUUCGAUCUAAUCCGACUACCCAAUUGAUCCCGGUGAUUUUAUUGUCGGCACGUGCUGGCGAGGAGGAGAGCAUUAAAGGUUUAGAAAAAGGAGCAGACGAUUACUUAACCAAACCGUUCAGUGCUCGAGAAUUACUCGCACGUGUCCACGUAAACGUCAAACUCUCAAAAUUACGUCAUGAACUGGUCUUACAACAACGCCGGCAGACCGAGACAAAACAACUCUUAUUCUCGAUCAGCAGUAAAAUUCGAUCUGGACUUAAUAUUCAAGAAAUUCUCUCGACAGCCGUUAAGGAAAUUCAUCGUAUUCUUGCCUGUGAUUCGUUAUUGGUGCUUUGUAGUGACCCGAUGAAUAAAGGAGUUGCAAAAAUCAUGGCCGCAUCUGCAUCGUCACAAGAUAUUCAAUCGUUGAUUGGGACACAAGUACCGUGUAGAGCAAUUGAUGAUGCUAAAGACUCGUGGGGUGAUCAAUUGGAUAUAUUACCACCGAUUACUACCUCCGCAGAUAAGGUAGCUCUCCCGCUUUCGUCGUUUUUACCUUCACAUAGUCCGCCAGAUUCCGCGACCACAAAUAUCAAAUCCUCACUUUAUAAAAAGUUAGUACCACUCACAGAUGCAACAGAUAGCGAUUAUUUAGACUUGGAGAUUGAGUGUCACCAAAAUUACUUUUCGCAAGUUGUUAAUCAACCCGUUUCCUCGAUGUCAGUCGCAAUUCGCUUAAACUCUUCAUUCUGGGGUUGGAUUGUCGCACAUCGAAAACCAAACGAGGAUUGGACUGAUUCCGAACAAACGUUUUUACAAGAAAUUUCGAAUCAGAUUAGUUUAGCGAUUACGCAUGCUAAGCUCUCUGAAGAGAAACUGAAACGUGAAGCACAAAUGGAGGCAGCUAAAACGGCUAAUGAGGCAAAAAGUCAAAUUUUGGCAAAUACUUCUCAUGAAUUGCGCACACCAUUGGGUGCAAUUAUCGGUGUCCUCUCAGCAUUCGAAGAUACACCACUUACCACUGAUCAAAAAGACAUGGUCCACAUUAUGACUCGUGCCUCUGACGUCGUACUUUCAGUAGUCAACGAUAUUCUCGACGCUGCGAAACUCGAAGCCCAAAAAAUCACCUUAAUGAAUCGUACAUUUGAUCUUUUCGAUCUUGUUGAGAGAACUAUAGAAAUUUUCGGAGAACGCGCGGGUACCAAGCAAAUUGAGCUAGUAUUAGUUUUUGAGCCGACUGAAUUACCAAAAUAUGUAAAGUCGGAUCCGGAAAGAUUGCAACAAGUUUUAAUGAAUUUGUUAUCCAAUUCCGUAAAGUUUACCGAGUCGGGAGAAGUUGUGAUGAAAAUUUCGUUAGCUUCUUCGGAUACGUAUCAUAUGAAUGAAAAAGGGGAGGCAGGCACAUGGAAGACCGGCACCUUGCUCAUAGAAUUGACCGAUACUGGCAUCGGUUUCUCGCAAGGAGAUCCUUCAAUUACCAGACGUCAAGAUGGUACAGGUUUAGGUCUCUCAAUUUGUAAGCAUUUAGUGACAAUUAACGGCGGUGAUUUAGGUGUACAAAGUGAAUUGCACAAAGGCAGCCGAUUCUGGUUCACCUGGAAUGUCGAACCUCUUUCUCUGGCAGCAGCCCCGUUGACAUCACCACCUCAAAUCAAUGCAUCCGAUAUUGGAACGAGUGCGCAACAAGCAGCGUUCGUAGUACCUGCACAUGUACAAUCGAAACGUGUUUUUAUUGUGGAACCAGUUGAAACAGCACGAUCAGCUAUUACAGCAAUGUUAAAAGCGAGCGUUGAACGAGUAGAUACUUUUGAUGAUUGCGAUCAAGCAUUAGCCGCCGCGAAAAAAAUGCACAAUCGAAAUCCAUGUGAUGUGAUAUUCUUCAAUGUAACCACCGAAAAUUCCGAAAAGGUUGAAAAAACCGCCAAAGAAUUCCAACAAAUAUGCGGCGGAAAAGAUAACAUCUCUAUUGGUCUAAUGGUAUUUUGGUCUGGUGUUGGUCGAGCACUAGGCAAAGAAAUGAUACAUCGUAUUGGAGGUCAUGUCGCAGCUCUUUGCAAGCCUAUUAUGCAGCGUCGUCUAUUGGAUUGUUUACAGAACAGUGAAAUCUUCAGGUCGUCAGAAUCAUCAGAGCCGAACCCUCCUACACUUGCUAUUGAUCGGUUCCGAAUUGAGGAUUAUUAUCAUCAUAAUAGGCCGAAUUGUAGACAUAUUGAUAAUUAUAAGGAGUCUUCGAUAAUUCGAAAGUCGAGUUCUAGCGAGGAUGAGAUAAUUCUCACCACCUCCACUACCACUAAAGAAAAAAAUAUUCUUAAUGAUAAUAUCGACAACACUGUAUCCACUGGUGACAUUAUAUUAUCGACUGAAAAUAAUUCAAGUCUUGAUGCUAAACGAUCACCGAAUAAAAGGUCGGCGUCAAGUGAGAGUCAUGAGAGUGAACCUCAUAAUACCAAGUCGAGAACACGUGUUGUGUCUCCGACAAAAUGUGUUUUAUGUGUCGAGGAUAAUCCUAUCAAUUUGAAGGUUAUUCAACACCAACUUUCAAAACUCGGGUACCAAUCUUUAUCGGCUACAAACGGCCUCGAAGCUGUGAAUCUAAUAAAAGCUGAACUUGAAUCUUCUCAACAAGAGGGAACAACGUCAAAAACACGUGUAUCAUUGAUAUUAAUGGAUUGCGCAAUGCCAAUAAUGUCUGGUUUUGAUGCAUCACGUGAAAUUCGUUCAAUGGGGAUUAGCACCUCCCAGAUUCCAAUUAUUGCAUUGACUGCCUCAGCUGUUCAAGGUACUCGGGACAAGUGUCUCGAUAGCGGCAUGAGUGAUUAUCUCACGAAACCGUUGAAAAUGACUCAUCUUCGUGAAAAAUUGAUUCAGUGGUUGGGCGAUGAUACUAAUUAA